AUGUCCAACAUGAGUUUCAAUUUCGGGACACCCAAAACCACAAAUCAGCCAUUCAGUCCAAUGUUUACGAUGACUACACCAGCUGCCAAUACUCCUUGGGGAUCCACUCAAGCUCCAGCUGGUUUUUCAUUGGGUGGUACCACACAAGCAACAACUGGUUUCUCGUCGGGUGUUACAAACCAACCAUCUACUAGCAUCUCAUUGGGAGCAACUCCAGCACCUACUGGAUUCUCGUUAGCUACAACUCAAGCAUCUAAUGUUUUUUCAUUGGGCACAAAUCCAACAUCAACGCCUUUCUCUUUGGGUGCAACUCCAACUGUUUCUACUGGUUUCCCAUUAGCUAGUACCACCCAAGCACCUACUGGUUUCUCAAUGGGCACUACACAAGCACCUACUGGUUUCUCCUUAGUUACAACUCAAACAUCGGCUGCCUUACCACAGGCCACAACUCAAGUUUCAAAUGUUUUUUCAUUGGGCACAAAUCAAACAUCGAUGCCUUUCUCUUUGGGUGCAACUCCAACUGUUUCUACUGGUUUCCCAUUAGCUAGUACCACUCAAGCACCUACUGGUUUCUCAAUGGGCACUACACAAGCACCUACUGGUUUCUCCUUAGUUACAACUCAAACAUCUGCUGCCUUACCACAGGCCACAACUCAAGUAUCAAAUGUUUUUUCAUUGGGCACAAAUCAAACACCAACGCCUUUCUCUUUAGGUACAUCUCCAGCAGUUCCUACUGGUUUCUCAUUAGGCACAACAAGCACUACUGGAUUUUCAUUGAGCUCUUCUGGAACAACCACAGCCCAAGCUACUACAAUCCAAACUACUGCAGCAAUUACUACACAAGCUCUACCUAUUACAUCUCAAUCAGAUAGUCAAUCCAGUGCAGUUCAACCGACUAAUUUCCAACAGCUUAUUGAUUUAAUUAACAACUGGACUGUCAGUUUAGAAAAUCAAGAAAAACAAUUUCUUAAUCAAGCAAAUGAAAUAACCGUUUGGGAUAAUAUGUUGACAAAUCAAUCUACUAAAUUGGUAAAACUAUAUGAUAUUCUGGAGCAAAAAGAAAAAGAACAAGUAGAUAUUGAAAAUGAACUCGACUUCUUGUUAUCCCAACAAAAAGAACUCGAAGAUUGUUUAGUUCCACUAGAACAAGAAUUACAAUCUGCUGAAGUAUUAAGUAGCUUGAACAAUGAAAGAGAACCAAUAUAUAAAGCGGCUCAAGAAAUCGAUAACCAAGUAAAACAAAUGUCAGGGGAUAUAAAAGAAAUAGUUAACAAUUUAAAUAAAGCCAACUCGAAAAAAGAUUCUGAUGAUGAUUUGGAUACUAUUUGUCGAAUAUUGAACUGUCAUAUGACAGCAUUACAGUACAUAGAGCACAAUGCUGAAAAUUUAAGUGCAAUGGUAUCUGAAGUGAAUGAAGAACAUUCCCGUUUCUUAACUGCUGCUAAUGAUAACUCUUUUAUAUCUUUUAGGAAAUAA